AACUGAACGGCCAGGAGAUUGAGCAGGUGUCAACGUUUUCACAAUAUGACUACAUUCAAAAAAAGAGACGGUAUCUGACAGAAGUGUUAGCAUACGAGUUUAGCCACGCGAAUCUUGGCUUUCGGCAACGAAGACGUUCGCUAGCUACCGUUAGCUAACAGCCUAGCAUAACACGUCAACUAACGGUGCUAAUGUAGCUUCGAUCCGCGGGCCCUUCCCCGGCAACACCUCCCUCCUCCCCGGCCGCUUCGGCCGACACCUCCACACGCGCCGGGGGCAUCGCCUCGAUUUCACCCGGGACAAAACUGACCUCCCCCGCGGUCGUGGUCGCUGUGCUCCCGGUGGAGGCGGCGCUCGGGGUCGGGGACCGCUGCAGGGUGACCAACGCCAUGGCUGGAAGCUGAGGAGGAUGCACCGGCCGGCCGAUGUGGCCUGACAUGCGUGUGGCAGUGAUUGGAGCUGGGGUCAUCGGCCUUUCAACAGCUCAGAGCAUCUAUGAGCAGUAUCAUUCACUCGUCACUCCGCUGACCAUCGAGGUGUAUGCAGACCGCUUCACUCCGCUGACCACAAGCGAUGGAGCUGCUGGCUUCUGGCAGCCCUACCUGUAUGAUAAGGGCAACGUCCAGGAGACAAAAUGGAAUAAAGAGACAUUUGACUACUUGCUGAGCUGCCUCAGUUCACCAGAGUCCGUAAAUAUGGGGAUUUUCCUUCAGUCUGGCUACAACCUCUUCAAUGAACCAGCCCCAGAUCCCUCAUUUAAAGAUAUUGUCCUGGGCUUCAGACGCCUCACAGAACGAGAGCUGCAGAUGUUUCCUGGUUACAAUUAUGGGUGGUUCAACACUGCCCUCAUGGUGGAAGGUAAAACAUAUUUACCCUGGCUGAUGGAUUGGUUGCAAAAACGGGGGGUGGAAUUUCACCAAAGGAAGAUAAAUUCCUUCACGGAGCUGGCAGAAGCCGGGGCAGACAUAAUCAUUAACUGCACUGGCAUGGGAUCAGGAGAGCUGCAACCCGACCCAGACCUAAAGCCAGGCCGCGGUCAGAUAGUGAAGGUGGAAGCUCCGUGGUUGAAGCAUUGGAUUCUGACCCACGACCUGUCGGCAGGAGUCUACAAUUCACCGUACAUCAUUCCAGGGAGUCGUCUUGUGACAGUCGGUGGGAUUUUCCAGUUAGGAAACUGGAGUGAACAGAACAACUCCACUGACCAUAAGAAAAUCUGGGAAGAAGCCUGCCAGCUGGAGCCCAGUCUCAAGCAUGCCAGGAUAGUGGAGGACUGGGCCGGCCUCAGACCUGUACGCAGUAAAGUCCGGCUGGAGAGAGAGGUUAUACAGGCUGGUGCAACGUCAAUACAGGUGAUACACAACUAUGGCCAUGGGGGUUUUGGACUCACUAUUCACAGAGGCUGCGCCCAGGAGGCAGCAAGGAUCUUCGGUCAGAUCGUUGAACAAAAGAGGAAAGGCCUGAAAGCUCGAUUAUAAUCUGUGUCUUGGAGUAAUGAAUGAAACACUUCUUUCCCAAAUUUCAACAUGUGCCUUUUAUCCAGUGGCUUUUAUCCAGUGGUUCAUUAACUACUUUUGUCUAUACCAACAGAGGUUCGGUAUUAUUUAUCUUGGGGGUAAAUAUGUCACUAUAAAACAAGAUAAUGUAUAUGGAACCUGAAAGAACAGACACUGCUGUUCUCGCCCAUUAUAAAGGGAUGGUUCAUUCACAUGUAAUGAAAGUGUGCCUACAUCAAUAGGAGGUUUGUGUACAUAAAAAAAUAUUCUCAGUAAACAUACACAAACCUACUGAUGUAAUUUUAAGUGAUAAAAUCACUUAUUAAAUUUGUAUGUGCGCCAAGGA